AUGUCCAGCUUCAUUGCGCAGCCUACGGACGAUGCCUGCAUCGCUACCAUCCGCACCCUUGCUGCGGAUGUAGUUGGCAAAGCUAACUCCGGUCACCCAGGGGCUCCUAUGGGCAUGGCUCCUGUUGCGCAUGUCUUGUUCUCCAGAAUUCUCAAUGCCAACCCCAAGCACUCGAAGUGGUAUAACCGAGAUCGAUUUGUUCUCUCGAAUGGUCAUGCCUGCGCGCUGCACUAUAUACUGCUUCAUCUCUUGGGAUACAAGCUGACCAUAGAUGACUUGAAGUCCUUCCGUCAAGUUGACUCAUUAACGCCUGGUCACCCUGAAACUGGUCACACCGAUGGCAUUGAGGUCACUACCGGCCCUCUUGGCCAAGGUUUCGCUAACGCUGUGGGUCUGGGCAUCGCUCAGGCUCACUUGGCCGCCGUUUACAACCGUGAAGGGUUCGACGUGAUCAACAACUAUACCUAUGUAUUCACUGGUGAUGGCUGUCUGAUGGAGGGUGUUGCAAGCGAGGCGGCUAGUCUUGCUGGUCACUUGCAGCUGGGCAACUUGAUUUACAUCUACGAUGACAAUCACAUCUCCAUUGACGGUGAUACUGCCGUUGCGUUCACGGAGGACGUUGAGCAGCGAUUCCUGUCGUACGGUUGGCAAGUUCUGCACGUCGACAACGGCGACAGCGACCUUGAGGCGAUCUACAAGGCCAUUGUCGAGGCUAAGAAGGAGAAGAAUAAGCCCACAAUCAUUCGUCUCAGGACCACCAUCGGUUACGGCUCCAAGCAGCAGGGCACGCACGGCGUUCACGGCUCCCCCCUUAAGGCCGAUGAUAUUGUCGCCUUGAAGACCAAGUUCGGUUUCCCUGCUGACCAGUCGUUCUACGUUCCCAAGGAGACAUAUGACGUCUAUGCGCAGGCGGCGGCGCGUGGCGCGGAAUCCGAGAAGAAAUGGGAGGUGCUCCUCACCGCGUACGGACAGAAAUACCCGAAGGAGCACGCCGAGCUUACUCGCCGUAUCGCGGGCAAGCUCCCCGAGGGCUGGGAGAAGGCUCUACCAGUGUACACUCCGGCUGACCCGGCGCAGGCGUCUCGCAAGUUUUCGGAGCUGGUCCUGACUGCUAUCACUCCCUUGAUUCCCGACAUGAUUGGUGGUUCAGCGGAUCUCACCACCAGUAACCUCACCAGGACGAAGGAGAUGAUUGAUUUCCAGCCGGAGAGCACUGGUCUUGGCAGCUAUAAAGGAACGUACAUCCGUUAUGGUGUGCGUGAACAUGCUAUGGGUGCAAUUGCGAACGGCCUGUCCGCUUAUGGUGGCUUUGUACCGUUCGUCGGUACUUUCUUAAACUUCGUUUCGUAUGCCGCGGGUGCUGUCAGGUUGUCAGCUCUAAGCAAACACCAAGUCAUCUGGGUCGGCACUCACGACUCCAUCGGUCUCGGGGAGGACGGACCCACCCAUCAACCCGUCGAAGUCGCUGCACACUUCCGUGCGAUGCCGAACCUUGAUUUCUGGCGUCCCGCCGACGGUAAUGAGACCUCUGCUGCGUACUACGUUGCGCUCAAGCGUACUCAAACGCCCACGAUCCUCUCACUUUCUCGCCAGAACCUCCCCAACUUGGAGGGCUCGACAAUUGAGCGUGCGGCGAAGGGUGGCUACGUCCUCCAUGAGGAGCAGAACGAGGAUCUCACUAUUGUAAGUACCGGAAGCGAGGUCAGCAUCGUGUUGGAGGCGGCGACCAAGUUGAUAGCGGAUGGCAUCAAAACGAGGGUGGUCAGCCUGCCCUGUUGGUCGAUCUUCGACGCGCAGCCUGAGGAGUACAGGCUGGGCGUCUUGAGGAGCGGCGCGCCAAUCUUGUCUGUUGAGGCCUACUCGACUCUUGGAUGGCAGAAGUACAGCCACGAGCAAUUCGGCCUUUCUGGAUGGGGAGCUUCUGGCCCCUACAAGAAAGUAUACGAGAAGUUUGGCCUCACCGGCCCCAACAUCGCUAUUGUCGCUCACAAGGUGGUCAACUUCUAUAAGAAGAAGGGCGGUGAGGUCGUUUCACCUCUUGUCAGGGCAUUGUAG